AUGUUCGAAAACGUCCCCUUACCCCAGUCUCCUCGAUCCGAGACGAGUACAAUCGUCGGAGAGGAGGUCGAGAUGAAAAAGGGUGUCCAAAUGACUAUCUGCGAGCGGUUACACCACUUUACAUGGGCAUGGUUCACCCUGACCAUGAGCACAGGAGGCCUGGCCCUCCUCAUCUCUAACCAGCCCUUUCAGUUUCAGGGACUCAGAGAAAUCGGAUUGGCAGUGUACAUCAUCGACCUCCUCUUCUUCGCUCUCUGCUGCUUCCUUAUGGCCCUCCGCUUUUUCCUCCACGGCGGUUUCCUCAAAUCCCUCCGACACGAAAGAGAGGGCUUCUUCUUUCCGACCUUCUGGCUCUCUGUCGCGACCAUCAUCUCAGGGUUGUACAAGUUCUUCGGCGAGGAUGCAGAUGAGUCCUUUCAGCUCGCCCUCGAGGUCCUCUUCUGGAUCUAUUGCGCCUGCACCCUCACCCUUGCUGUCGUGCAAUAUUAUUUCGUCUUCUCGUCUCACACCUACCACCUUCAAACAAUGAUGCCCUCCUGGAUCCUUCCAAUCUUCCCCGUCAUGCUUUCUGGCACCAUUGCCUCCGUCAUCGCUGAGCAGCAGCCCGCUCGGUCCGCAAUCCCCAUUGUCUGCGCAGGCAUUACAUUCCAGGGUCUCGGCUUCUCCGUGGCCUUCAUGAUGUACUCGCACUACAUCGGCCGCCUCAUGCAAGCCGGCCUUCCACACCGCGAACACAGACCGGGCAUGUUUAUCUGCGUUGGCCCACCCGCUUUCACAGCGCUAGCUCUCGUCGGUAUGACCGCAGGUCUCCCGGAACAGUUCGAAAUCCUGCACGACGAAUCCUCCAUCCAAGACGCCCGCAUCAUGACCUUGAUUGCCGUCUCCGCCGCCGUCUUCCUCUGGGCGUUGAGUCUCUGGUUCUUUUGCAUUGCCGUUAUCGCUGUCAUUCGUGAGCGCCCGACUGCCUUCCACCUAAGCUGGUGGGCCAUGGUCUUUCCUAACACCGGGUUCACACUUGCCACAAUCACGCUGGGCAACUGGCUCGACAGUACAGGCAUCAAGGGCGUCGCGACCGCAAUGUCAAUCGGUAUCAUCUGCAUGUUCCUCUUCGUCUUGGUCAGCCAUGUUCGAGCUGUUAUCCGUCAGGACAUCAUGUACCCGGGCAAAGAUGAGGAUGUUUCCGAAUAA